CCGUAAUCCAUACCCCUACAAGCGGCAAAGCCACUGGAUGUUGAUCGACAAGCCCGACGUCGUGAGGCAUCUCAACUCUGCUGGAAAUGCAAACAGUAUCUACGGCAUCGACGCGCAUCCAAGCGACCUAAAGUUUGCGACGGCAGGCGGAGACAAUUGCGUCAAGAUCUGGUCGUUGGAAGUACUGUCCGAAACCGACGGACCAGAAUGCGAGCUUUUGGCGACGUUGACGUGGCACGAGAAAGCCGUCAACUGCGUGCGAUGGUCGCACAACGGCCGGUACCUCGCGUCUGGCUCGGACGACCAUCAGGUGUUGCUGUAUGAACUGCAAGACGGACCUCCGGCGCCCAUUCCGUUUGGAUCGAAUCAAGUCCCGAACAAAGAGACAUGGGUGCGCUGUUCCAUGCUCAAGAGCCACACCAUGGAUGUCCAGGACCUGGCGUGGUCGCCCGACGACCGCAUGCUCGCCACCUGCAGCAUCGACAACUCCAUCUUGAUUUGGUCCAUGGAUCACCUCAGCUCGGUGAUGACGCAUCCGAUCCAGCAUUUGUCUGGCCACCAAGGAUGGGUCAAGGGUGUGGCGUGGGAUCCCGUGGGCAAAUACUUAUCCAGUGCAGGCGAAGACAAGUGCAUUAUCAUGUGGCGCGUGGAUACAUGGGAGGCCGAGGAGAAGAUCAGCAGUCCGUUCGAAGAUGGCACAACCACAUCGCAUUUCCGGCGACUGUCGUGGGCCCCCGAUGGAAGCUUGGUGUGUGGCACGCACGCAUUCAAAUCCAAGCAAAACGUGGCAGCGCUGAUUGAACGCAAGACGUGGACGAACGAUGUCAACUUUGUGGGCCAUCGAGGGGUGGUCACCAGUGCCCGGUUCAACCAGCGCCUCUUGGCCAAGACCGCCAACAAGGAGUUUGCGUGCUGUGCGCUCGGAGGGGACGACUGCACCGUGAGCGUAUGGCUAGCCGAUGUGUCUCGGCCGGUGGCCGUGAUCAAAGAGUGCUUUGAUGCAUCUGUUACAGACCUGAGCUGGUCGUUUGACGGGUUUACCCUCCUCAGUGCAUCGUUGGACGGCACGAUCUGUGUCUUUCAAUUUACGCCAGACGAAUUGGGCACCCCCAUCACGCCCCAGCACCAAAGUCGACUGCUCCAGCAAAAGUAUGGGUCGUUGGCCGGCCAAACGUCUGGCUGCACGCUGGUGGAGAACCCGCUACAGUUGGAGCUAGAAGGCCAGCACAAACAAGCGUCUAUGGACAAGUUGGCAGCUCGACUGACGCCUAGCAAUGGCAACGCGUCCGGCGCGCAUGCAUUCACGCUGGUGGCGGCCACACCGAAACCCGCCGACACCGCGGCCAAGCCCAGUGUGACCACGCUGACAGCUCGACCCAAGGCCAAGAAGCCACCGACUUCGACCACCACACCUGUCACGAAACCACCACCACCACCAGUAGCAACAACAGGAGAGAUUGAAACGACAACGCAUGUCCCCCCGAUCAAGCGAAAGCGAGUCGUGGACCACCAGCCUACCAACUCCAACACGCUGCUCGUGAUUCCCCAACACGAACGGGUCCACCAGAUGCCUGAAAUUCCAGGUCGCUCGUCGUUUUCCGUCGGCGUCAAGUCGACAGAGAAAGUGAUCGAGUGCAAAGUUGUGACGGACGAUGGGAUGACGAUGAUGUACACGUCUGUUGCGUGCAUGGAAGGCAGCAGCGUGCACUGGAUGGACAGGAUCCCUGGCCAAGCGGCGUGCGCGACGGGCAACCUGUCGUUUUGUGCGGUCGGCACCACGGACGGCCACUUGUACAUCGUGUCGCCUCUGGGGCGGCGGCUCUUUCCACCCAUCGCAUUGGGGUUUCCGUUCGCCGCGAUCGAGUGCAGUGCCGGGGCAACGCCGUACUUGCUUGUUAUUUUGACCAAUGGCGACGUCAAGACGUGGACAAUUCAAGCCAAAAGGGUAGCCGUGGCCGCGUCCGUCUGUGGCCUCACCACGACCAAGUCCACGUUGAUUCGAGCGAUGGUGACGUCCGCGGGUCAACCCAUUGUGACACUGGCUGUCGACGGUGGCGGAACGUCGGCCAGCUUGUUGCACUCGUUCACGUACGAUUUGGCCAUGCAGUGCUGGAUGCGCGUGGCUGACGAAUCGUUUUCGUCUUCCGACUUUCACACGCACUUGCCAUCGGAUGCGAUGGUUUCAUCCGACAUUCCAGUGGGGACUCUGCGGAGGUUGCAGAAUGCCUCUACCCACACACGCAGUGCCACGUCCAUGGUCGCGGGCAUAUCAAAUGCCAUCCAACAACAUCACAUCACCCGUACGCACUUGGAGCAUCAGGUGGCCGCCAGUUUGGCGCUCCGUAGCACCACCGAGUACAUGCACUGGCUUAAAGUGUAUGCCCGGCACCUCUCCCACGACGGCGAUCUAUUGCGACUGGAGGAAAUAUGCAAGGAAUUCCUAGGGCCUAUGUCUGCGACAACGUCCACGGAUACUUGGACGUCCACUGUUCUCGAUGUGUCCAAGCGUGAGCUGUUGCAGACGGUGGUGCUGCCCCAAAUGGCGUCCAAUCGAGUCCUCCAGCGCCUCGUGCACAAGUACCAGUUGCUCCUCGACGAAGCCGCCAACCAGUCCUGAGCGAGUCAACUCGACUUGCUCGAAACAAAACCCCUUCGACAUAUCGUUUCACUCCAGUCCCACAGUUCAGUGGCCCUGCUAACGUUCCAUAAUGUACUCUAACCGCAUACUAGUAACCUCGAGGGGUUCGCAAUGAAGUAUUUUACAUAGGAUGUAUUU